GAAAUAUCCAGAUCUCUCCUAGUCGGUGAUCCUUCCCUUGCCAGUCAGCACAGCUCAGGUACGUGGUACACACGCUCAGAGAGAGAGACAUGUUCUUUCAGGCUUUGCGGAUGCAGCCUCUGCGCGCCCAGUUGUCCAAAUUGAGUCAUGCGCGCAUGGGCUUUGUUGAGGUCAUUUUGCAGCAACACCCUUGCUGAAGCUUUCAUAUACUCGAGAUUGAAUAGUGACUCAAGUCGUCUUUUAUUUCACAGCAACGCUUGAGCCCCUACUUCCCCGACUUUACAUACUGACAAUUUCAAAGCCUCACCUGAGCACAUUCACGCCGCCAUGGCCGACGAGACAAUGGACCGCCUGAACAACUACCUCCAGCAAUACAUGACGGGAGGAUCACAGCCUCAGCCUUCGAAUGGCCAAUUCGACAACUGGUCACCAACGUCCUGGCAAGCGAAGCCUAUCAAACAAGUAGUCAAGUACGAGGACCAAGCAGCAGCAGAUGCGGCGUUGAAGCAGCUCUCGAAACUCCCACCAAUUGUCACCCCAUCGGAGGUUUGGAGACUCAGACAAAGCCUCCGCGAUGCAGCCCUGGGAAAGUCGUUUCUUCUACAAGGUGGUGACUGCGCAGAGCUUUUCUCCUACUGCGCCGAGGAUCCCAUCGACGCCAAACUCAAACUCCUCCUCCAGAUGUCUCUUGUUCUGAUCUGGGGCUCCAACAAGCCCGUCAUUCGCAUUGGGCGGAUAGCUGGGCAGUAUGCUAAGCCGAGAUCGAGUCCUACAGAAAUCGUGGAUGGCAAGGAGAUCCCCAGCUUCCGCGGUGACAUCCUGAAUGGCUACGAGCCAGAGCACCGCAAAGUCGACCCCGAGAGGCUGGUCAGCGCGUACUUCCACUCGGCUACGACUAUGAAUUACAUCCGUGCUCAGUUAGCGAGUGGUAUUGCCGAUCUGCACAACCCUAUGGAUUGGGGCCUUGGACAUGUCGGCGACAAGGAGCUGCAAGCAAAGUACACUGCCAUUGUCAACAGUAUUUCCGACUCCCUUCGCUUCAUGCGAACCAUUGGCGCAGACACUUCAGGGCAGCUGCAGACCGUCGACUUGUACAGCAGUCACGAAGGUCUUGUCUUGGAGUACGAGACUGCUCUGACAAGAAGACUCAAACACCCCGCUAGUCACCCCGGUGCUCAAACCUCCACAGAUGGCAAGGGCUGGUACAACACCUCAGCACACUUCAUCUGGAUCGGCGACCGCACGAGACAGAUCGACGGCGGCCAUGUCGAGUACUUCCGCGGUAUCGAGAACCCGAUCGGCAUCAAGGUCGGGCCCUCGAUGAAGAAUGACGAGUUGAUCGAGCUGCUCGACAUUGUCAACCCGAGGAAGGACGUCGGCAAGAUCACACUGAUUACACGUUACGGAGCGGAUAAAGUUGAGUCGAUGUUGGGCGGGCACAUUGAAGCUGUCAAGAGCAGCGGGCACGUCGUUGUCUGGCAAUGCGACCCCAUGCACGGAAACACGCGCAGCACAUCGACCGGCAUCAAGACUCGCUCUUUCAACAACAUCUUCUCUGAGCUGUCCUCGGCCCUGAAGAUUCACAAGCAGCACGGCUCCUUCCUGGGCGGUAUGCACCUCGAGCUUACCGGCGACGCGGUCACAGAGUGCACUGGCGGAAGUCAAGGGCUGGAUGAUGAGGACCUGAGCCACAACUACACCACUUUCUGCGAUCCUAGACUCAACGAGAAGCAGGCGCUGGAGCUGGCAUUCUUGGUUGCAGGUCACUACCGUGAGGAUGCGGCGAGUCCGUAGAGUACAAGAGUUUUCUGCUAGCACCGUAUGACAUAUUCAGUCGAAGGCAUUUGACGAAAAUUUCCAUUGCUCGAAUAUACUGUAGCAUACUGGGG